CCUCCAAACAGAAAAGAGUUGUCAAACCUGUGUUUAGACGAUCGUGUUUACACGCGAGCAAUGAAAAGAAAGUGUCCUGUUGGAAUGCCAGGUAAAUACAAAGAUAGCAACACUAGGACAUUGAUGUAGGACAAUGGCUAUCAAGGAGCCAUUAGAGUCAAACUAGCGACAUCCAUGUUCACCUUCCCAGGCAAUGUUGACACGAUGGUGUUAGCACUCAACCGAUGGAGGAGAACAGCCAGGGGGAAAAAGAUACUCCUCAUCCUUGCUGCUGGUUUAAUCAUAGUCAUCAUCAACAUCAUCUGUGGUGUCAACUUCAUGGACGCUCGCUACCCAGUUGACUACAAUGCUGAUGACGACUCUAAUCCUGUUGCCACACUGGACAAAAACAGUGAGAGCUACAUCAGAGAACAACGCCGACGUGAAAGACUCCAGAUUUUCCAAAAGAUUUUCGAAAAACAGAGUCGUAGGAAAUCACAAAUCAGUAAUCAGACCUGUCAGCAUCCUCACUUGGAUUUGAAGCAUGAUAGCAACAAAGAAGCAUUCCAUUCUAUGCCUCCCUUGAACUGUACUGGGAAGAGCUUGUUUUACUUGCACAACCGUGUUGCACGGCUUAACAGAACUGUGCUACAGGGUAAGGAACUUGGCAAGUGCUUGUAUUUUGGGAUAGAACGAAUGACGGAUGAAUUCUUUACCUACACUGAGAGCCUAGAAAAGACAGCACCUCCAUAUGAUCUCAUAUUAAAUCAUGACUUUCUGAGGAUACAGUGUAACUAUAAGAGCACCGAGGAAGAAGAGAAAAAUAUAGACUAUCCUGCGCAACGAAGACUGAUGUCAAUGGAAUUUAGGCACCAGAAGAAAAAUAUUCCAAACAGCCAUAAAGACAUUCAUCAAACUGAUUUGAAAUAUGAUCAUGAUAUACUUGACAAACAAAAUGCCAAAGAUGUGAUACGUUUUUCUCAACAAAAAGCACCUGUCAACAAAAAAUCAAAUUCUUUAUUGGACCAAUUGAAAACUUGGAAUCAAUCAGGUACCGGUACUCCACAGGGGGGUCAAGGUCAAGCACGGAAGUUGCUGCAGAUGAAUUUUGAGGAGGGUAAAGCUGGGGAUGAGUUAAAGGAACCGAUGAACGGCGCCGGCGACAUCAUGGCGCCAUUUCCAGGGGGAGACUCGGACCAGUUUAAUCCCGGGAUGGGGCCGGCUCUAGACGACAGUGAAGGAUUUGACUACCAACAUUUUAUGGGAGCUGAAUGGAGUGAUAAAGAUUUUGAUCAGUUUCUUGUUCAAGUUGUUCCAAAGCAAGAAGUGUUUGAUAGAAUCACCAAAGCUAAAGCCAAAAUGACGAAGCCUUCGUCCAAUAUGAACAUCCUCAUUCUAGCCAUGGAUUCCAUGUCGCAGUUGUCCUAUCAGAGGAAACUGCCACUGACGUAUCGAUACCUGAAGGAGGAGCUAGGGGCGACUGUGCUGGACGGCUACAAUAUUGUUGGUGAUGCUACAACCGCCGCUCUCAUCCCCAUGUUAACAGGCAAGACGGAGAUGGAGUUGCCGGAGGUACGGAAGGACGAGGAGGAUGCCAACUUCCUGGACGUGUACCCCAUGGUGUGGAACCGCUUCAAGGAGGCUGGCUACGCCACCAUGUACGCCGAGGAUGAACCCUCCAUCAGUACCUUCAACCUGCGCUUCAAUGGAUUCCAGGAAUCCCCCGCUGACCACUACAUGCGGCCAUUCUGGCAGGCUAUCUGGGAGUCCAGCCUUCGUUCACAGAGUCCGCGGUACAGCACCGGCACCACCCCUCACCACAUCUACCUGCUGGACUAUCUCAAAGACUUCUUUGUCAGCUACAACAAUGUGUCGAGGUUCGCGUUCGGCUUCAGCGUGGAACUCACCCACUGGGACAACGACCCUGGAGAGUACAUGGACAGAGAUCUUGUAGACUUCCUGCAAUUUCUUCAGAAGAAGGGUUACCUUGACAACACAAUGCUUGUCGUCAUGGGCGACCAUGGCGCCAGAUACAGCAAGGUGCGGAAUACGGUGCAGGGAAAGCUUGAAGAGAGACUCCCAAUGAUGUCGCUUGUGAUGCCAGCGUGGUUUCUUCACGAAUAUCCACAAGCUAAAGCAGCUUUAAAACGGAACAGCAAACGUCUCACAACACCGUUUGAUAUUCAUGAAACAUUUUUAGAUUUGUUGAAUCUGGAACGAUUGACGGUUCCCAUUAAUCCAGAACAGAGAGGGAUGAGUGUUCUGAGAGACAUUCCCAAUAACCGGACAUGUGCUUCAGCCAGAAUAGACAUCCAUUGGUGCUCUUGUCUUCAUCAAGUGCAGGUCAACCUGGAGGAUAAGUUUGUUAUGACAGCGUCCGAGGAGGUCGUCAACUACAUCAAUGGGUUGACAAGGAAACUUCGUGGCAACUGCACGGAACUAAGUCUCAAGAGAAUAUACACUGCUUACAUGGUGUUGCCUAAUGAGAAGGUCCUGAAGUUCCAAAAAUCAACUGACCCAGAUGCGAGGAAUGCUAAUUUUAGUAGAUCGGUUGACCUUGACAAAGCUCAUUAUCAAAUCACCCUGGAGACGAGUCCCAGCGACGCCAUCUAUGAGGUUACAGUUCAGGUCGACUUUCGGAACGAGACGUACCACUAUCACGUGACUCCGGAGAUCAGCCGCCUCAAUCUCUAUGGAGACCAGCCCAAGUGUAUUCAGAAACACCAUCCUGACCUCAGGAAGUACUGUUACUGUCAGGAAUUUGUAAAACCAGACAUCCAGGUCAGGAAGGGAAUGGCUUAGAGCCCAGUGUGUUCAGAGACACGCUCAAAUCUCUAUAGGUUGGGUUUGGAAACCCUUUCCCCCUACUGACCUGCAUUGGGAAGUGCUGUUUUUGUUGGGAGUGCAGAGCUACAAAUAAGCAGCGUAUUUGUGUAAAAUACCCCCCAAAAACUAUUCAAAAUCCAAUUACUUUCAGUUAACUUGCGUACAGAAACGCAUGCAUUAAAUCCGGACCCGAGGGAGCAACCAUUUAAUUUUUUUAAGGUGGGGGGGGCUUGAUUUUAUAUAUAAAAAAAUCUAGCCCCUGUUUCGCUGAAUUUGUUUUUCCAUAUGCCUCACAUUGUAGAAAAAACAAUAAUGUUCCCCUUUCUUGCAGGCAAGUGUCCAAAGAAUGUAGUACGUUAUUUUAUCUAUAUAAAACUUUUUUUUUGAGUACCUGUUUAUGUUGAAAAAAUAUCAAAUCCUGAAUAUUACCAAAACUAAUGCUGAUCUCAAACCAAAAUCUCCACCACAAACCCUACCCCCGGGAUCUGCCACUGGGGGUGGGGAAGUGUUGGGAGAUCAGGCCAGGGGUCAUGGAGAAGGUGCUUAGAGUCGACAGUUGCCAGUGUAUGAAAACUAUGUAUUAAUAUAAGGCUAAAAAAGAUAAUAGUCUUUGUUCUCAGGCACCGCGUGCAUCAUCAUAAAGUUUGCCAAACGUUUCGAUUUUAUUUCCAUUUAAAAAAAAAAUCCUUAAAUAUUCCCACUCCAACGUGGUCAAUUACUGAAUUCCAGUAUUUUACAUUGUACUCAUCAAGGAAUACAUUUAUGUAGGGAGGCCCUUUCCAAGGUUGAUUGUGCACAAUUGUAUAUUUGGUUACACAAUUGUAUAUUUGGUUACACAACUGUUUAUUUGGUUACAUACUAGUUUGAACACAAAUCCAUCUGCCCCCACACACUUUAUUUUCAAAAGCCAUUGCCUGAGAACCAAUUCUUUUAUUUGUUUAAGCCUCAUCAUUUGCAAGCAGUCCAAAUGAUCCUAUUAAUUACGUCAUGUGUUCCAAAUGAAAUAUUUUGAGAUUCCAAAGUGAAAGUAUUGUUGCAUUUAUGUCCAGUUGCACUAUUUUAAUAUUUUACAAAGAUUAUGAUACUCUGCUCAUGUCAGAUACAGAUAGGCUAACCCCGGACGUAUAUACAAAGGAUAGGAAGCCUGCAGUGAUAGCCUUCGCCGAUGUGCGCCGCGCAUCCGGGCCAAGCCAAUCGACAACACAUGUGAAAGACCCCCUCCCGUGAGGCGAGAGUGGUCGAACGUUGGUCAUCUGGCGCUUGCGCAAUGCCUAGUUUAUCGACUUCCUUAGUUACCCAAACUUCCGGAUAAUAGCGCGUGUCAGAAUUCUAUACACGUCUUUGGGCUAACAGACUUUGUGGUUUUGGGCCAGUUUGCAGAAUAUUAAAGUAUUUGUUGAAUUAUGAUACUCAAGAUACCAAAUUGGUAAAACACGAUGAAUGGCCAGAUUACAAAAUAGAACCCUGAUUAUCCAAACAGUAUUUUACAAGUGAAAUAAUCCAAUCAUGGAUUUCUAUCAUUGGGAUGAAUGAAUAUUGUUUUACGCAGCAUCAGCAUUUUUCCAGCUAUUCACGGAGAUCUAUCAUUGAGAGCUGUAAUGUCCUCUGACUACAUCUCGAUGUCCCAGCAGUUAUUGUCUGGAUUAACAGGGGCCAGAUUAACAGGGUUUUACUGUGCACAAAAGAGUAAAUGGCCAGUUCACAAAAUGAAAUAGUUUUAUUUAUUUACAAUGUAAAUGUUGCUUUUUCUACAGAAGGUACAGAUAUAAGGUCAGAGAAAUUAUGGCCAGUUUGUCAUGUUUACAAAAUAUAAACUUUUGUUGAUUGUAGUGAAUUAUGAUGCUUUAGGUCUAUACUAGGGGUGUCACGAUAAAUGGAAAUAUCGAUAUGUUGCUAUUGGUAAGCACAUAAAGUCAAUAAAUCGAUUGUUAAAUCAGUUUCUGAUCAAUCGUGUCAAUUCUAGUUAGGAAUAUCGAUAGUUUAAAUUGUAUUUACCAUAUCAUGUGAUUGAGUCACCAAAACACGCUCGCGAAUGCAGCCGAGUGAGGAUUAGAGUUAACUGCCCUUGGUGCUUAGCAACCGGUCUUUCUUCAAGUAAAAUGGCGGAGGGUGACAGUCAAGUGGAGUUUGUGACAAAUUUGGGUGGAAAAUCGAGUGUUUGGAAGUCUUAUGGUUAUCACAUUCAAAGGAAACUUCACUUCCAGGGUUUAAUUUAACUCUAAAAUCAAUCUAAAAAGAUACGCUGAAAACUAUCGAUAUUUAUCGCAAUAGUUGCUUGCAAUAUCAAUAGUUAUCGCAAUAGUUUCUUUCAAUAUCAAUAGUUAUCGCAAUAGUUUCUUUCAAUAUCAAUAGUUAUCGCAAUA